AACGCGCUGUAUAGAUGAAGCGCUCGCCUGGCCGCAUUCGCAGCUUUUCCUCUCCAACCCGUGAGCAUUGUUGUAAAAACAGAAGGACAAUACAAGAAUAGAGUGGCGGAUAAUAGACCCUCAAAAGGGGCAUCAGGGAAUCUGUCCUCGUGCAUGAGGCACUAUAUGAGAGCCGUGUGUCGGCUGAAGUUCUAGUUUCACAGCGAACUGUAUGAGACAGAAGGACAGAGGAGGCAUGAUUCUGAGACGGAGUCCAAGUUUUGCGGUGCUGUCCGUUCAUGUGCUUUUGCGGUGCCUGUGGAUGCGGGUUUGUGAGGCAUCGGGGCAUUUUGAGAUGCAGGUUUUGUCCAUGCAGAACUUGAACGGGGAGCUGCAGAGCGGCGCGUGCUGUGACGGUGCGCGCGACGCGGCGGACCGCUCAUGCACGGCGGACGAGUGCGACACGUUUUUCCGCGUGUGUUUGAAGGAGUAUCAGUCGCGGGUGUCCUCGGGAGGCCCGUGCAGCUACGGAAGCGGAUCUACUCCCGUUAUCGGUGGGAAUACUUUUUCUGUCAAGCCCCUCGACAGCGCGAGCGAUAAAUCCAGGAUCGUGCUGCCCUUCAGCUUCGCGUGGCCGAGGUCAUAUACGUUGAUUGUGGAGGCUUUGGACUUCAAUAAUGACUCGAGCACUGGCAGCAUUAAUGGACAAGUCAUAGAGAAAGCGGUCCAGUCAGGCAUGAUCAAUCCAAACCGUGAGUGGCAGGUAUUGAAACACAACGGCCCCGUGGCUCAGUUCCAGUACCAGAUUCGGGUGACCUGUGACGAGCACUACUUCGGCUUCGGCUGCAAUAAGUUUUGUCGACCCAGAGAUGACUUCUUCGGCCACUAUACCUGCGAUCACAAUGGCAACAAGACCUGCUUGGAGGGAUGGGCUGGCCCAGAAUGCAACACUGCCAUCUGUAAGCAGGGCUGUAGCACUGAGCAUGGCUCCUGUAAAGUGCCUGGAGAUUGCAGGUGUCUGUACGGCUGGCAGGGCGAGUACUGUGACCAGUGUAUACCCCAUCCCGGUUGUGUGCAUGGCUCAUGCGUCGAACCCUGGCAGUGCCUGUGUGACACCAACUGGGGAGGGCAGCUCUGUGACAAAGACUUGAACACCUGUGGCACACGGCAGCCCUGUCUGAAUGGCAGCACCUGCAGUAACACGGGACCAGACAAAUACCACUGCGCCUGUCCUGAUGGCUACUCGGGACAGAACUGUGAAAGAGCAGAUAACGCCUGUCUGUCUGAGCCGUGUCUGCACGGAGGCAGUUGUGUGGAGUCCAGUCAGGGCUUUGAGUGUCAGUGUGCGCCAGGCUGGACCGGACCGUCCUGCAACAUCAAUGAAGAUGACUGCAGUCCGAACCCGUGCAAUCACAGCGGCAUGUGUGUGGACCUGGUGGAUGGUUUUAAAUGCAUCUGUCCUGCGCAGUGGACCGGCAAGACUUGUCUCAUUGAUGCUAAUGAGUGCGAGGAAAGCCCGUGCGUCAAUGCCCACUCCUGCCGGAAUCUGAUUGGCGGAUACUUUUGCGAGUGCCUCCCUGGUUGGACGGGCCAGAAUUGUGACAUCAAUGUCAACGACUGCCACGGACAGUGUCUUAAUGGAGGACUGUGUCAGGAUCUGGUCAGUGGAUACCGAUGUCUGUGCGCAGCAGGCUUUGCAGGUGAACACUGUGAGCGAGACGUGGACGAGUGCGCUAGUCGACCCUGUCUCAACGGAGGACGCUGCCAGGACGCGCUCAAUGGAUUCCAGUGUUUGUGUCCACCUGGUUUCUCAGGUGUCACGUGUCAGCUGGACAUAGACUACUGUGAGAGCGGCCCGUGUCAGAACGGAGCACAGUGCUUUAGCCUGGCCUCAGAUUACUACUGUAAAUGUCCAGAAGAUUACGAAGGCAAAAACUGCUCCCAACUUAAAGACCACUGCCUCAUCACGCCAUGUCAAGUGAUUGACAGCUGCAACGUUGCCGUGGCUUCUAACAGCACUCCGGCGGCCAUGCGGCUCAUCUCCUCUAACGUUUGUGGUCCUCACGGCCGCUGUCGAAGUCACGCCGGAGGACACUUCAGCUGUGAGUGUCAGGAGGGAUUCACCGGCACGUACUGCCAUGAGAACAUCAACGACUGUGAAAGUAGUCCCUGCCGUAACGGAGGUACUUGCAUUGAUAAAAUCACGCGUACCAUGUAUCUGUGCUGAUGGCUGUGAGUGACACAACUGUGAGAGCG